AACAGCCUGGCGAAUUAUUUUUUUUUUCAUUAUCUGCACCGCAUUUACUGGCCUUCCCGUCCAGCCACGGAGUUUGUGAUAAAAAUAACAAAAAACGGGAAAUGCAUAUAUGUACGUGCCCGUAUGCGCGCACACGCCUCUCCUCCUCUGAGCGAGUUGGGAUUUGAAAGUUGGAGCUGCCAGGGAACCCCGUGUGUGUUUGGACGCUGUGUUUUCUUUCACACUCGUAAGGAAAGUGAAUGAAGGCGACUGCUGCUUGACCUCCUGGACACCCCUCAGAUUGUGAUGGAUGCAGAGGUGGUGCUGCAGGAGGAGGACAUGGAGGGCUCGUGGACGCUGCUGUCCUGGCUGGCGUCCUUCGUCAUGGUGUUCGGCGGAGCGCUGCCUUAUGUCCCGCAGUAUCAGGAGAUCCAGAGAAGCAGCAACACCGAGGGUUUCUCCACCAGAGUGUGCUUUGUGCUGCUCAUAGCCAACAUACUACGCAUAUUCUUCUGGAUGGGGAAGCAGUUUGAGAUGACCCUGCUGCUCCAGAGCGUGGUGAUGAUCCUCACCAUGUUCGCCAUGCUCCACCUCUGCUGCACCGUCCAGAACACCAACCGGGUGAGCACCAGGCAGCACCGGCUCUCAGACUUGAACUUUCAGUACUUCUGGAAGUGGAGUGCGUUUGAGGACUACCUGCUGUUCUGCUUCGGCUUCACCGUGCUGUGUGCGGUGGUGACGCUGCUGCUGCUGGACUCGGCUGUGUUCGUGGAGACCCUGGGCUCGCUGGCUCUCAUGUUCGAGGCCAUGCUGGGACUCCCACAGCUGCUGCAGAACUUCGACAACCGCUCCACCAAAGGCAUGAGUGUGAAGAUGGUGCUGCUGUGGACUGCCGGCGACGUCUUCAAGACCACCUACUUUGUGAUGAAUGAAAGUCCGGCUCAGUUCUGGGUCUGCGGCUCCGUCCAGAUCAUGAUCGAUGUGUUCAUCCUGCUCCAGGUGUUGCUUUACAACCAAGACUCACGGGUCAAACUGGGCUGACCUGUUAGGAUGGCUCACGUACAAGCCAGAGCUUUUUUUUAAAAAAAUCAAUUUUAAUAAGUCUGAGGACGAGAAACCCUUUUUAAAAAAAUCUGCCGAUAGAGCUGUCGAGGCAGACGUUUAAUGCCCGAAUGUGGAGAAACCAAAUCUUUUUUGUGUUUAGCCUUCAGUCAACACUUGUGCUUCAAGAGAACCAGCCAAGGUACCUCCAAGUGCCAUCACACCACCAGUUUAUACUUGAAAAGCUCAUUAGCAUCUUUAAUCGAGCCCCAAAAACCAAAUUUAUUUGCCUUACGUGUGAUAAGGCAGCAUUUAGGUGCAUUUUAAGUGUUUUUUUUUACUAUUUAUUUUGUCUCUGUGAAUGAUUAUGUGCACUCCUUAAGUGUAGAGGACAUGGAAGCUGUAAGAGGGAAGCAUUAUUCACGUUGGCAGCGGAUCAGUAGCAGCCAGCCUGCUCCGGUAGCCCUGCGCUGGAAUCUGCUGCCUGACGGAUGGAUCUCCUCCUUCACACUCCUGAUUGUCUGGACUGUUCUCCUGAUACCUAGCAUGUGUGCUCGUCUGUGUGUGUUUGUGUUGGCAUUCUCGCCUCUGUGUAGCUGGAAUGGAUUUUAGCCGUCCAGCGCUAAGCCAAAGCCACAGAAUGUACAUCAGGUAAUGGUAGCUAUGCAGGCCAUCAGUCUGCGGGUUACAAUCUGCUUUGGGCUGAGAUUGACAAACAAUCCAAGUUUCCCUCAAAGUCUGCAAAGAACAAAGAAAUAAUACGGGCAUGCUCCGAUGCUCUGCACCAUACGUCAGUCACCAAAUGUCUGGUAGACACCAAAGAACACGUCAGACUUCAGCUUCAGCUCUUCAUGUGACGUGUUACUGAAUGUGUGGCUUUUUAUCACACGUCAUCCGCUGACUACUGAUUUCUGUUUAUUAUUUCAUUAUCUGCUGAUUUUCUGUUCUCUUUUACCACAUUUUAGAAAAAGGAAAGGCAGUCGAAGGCUUACUUUCUUUUUUUUUACCUUGAUCUUUUAUUGAACACAUUUCUGUGUUCACACUCGUCACCCGCUGACAUUUCUGACUCCUUGGAAAGAAGCAUUCUGUUGGAAAAUGUAAUAACAAAAUGGCCCAUUUCUCAAGCCCUUUCCAAGUGAGGUUUGGUUUAGAAGAAAAUGUACUUCAAGGCGCUGUAUGGAGUUUUAUGGAUUAUGUGGAUGAAGCGUUACUGCGACUAAAACAGAACCAGUAAUUUAUGGCAUUAAUAAGUGAGGAUGUUUGUGGAAUAUUUUGUUGAAAAGUAUAUGAACCUCUAUUUGUGCAAGGCAAUAAAAAGAAAGUUUCACAAACA